AUGUUCUCCAAGGGCAUCUGCUGCGGGAAGUUUGGCGGACUGGGCCCCUGGCGCUGCGACGGGGUGAAGCCGGACGCCUGUAACGACACCUACGUGGAGCUCCAGCCGGAGGAGUGUGGCACCGUGAAUGGUGUGUGCCUCGCUGCGGGGGACACCUGCAAGGGCAUUGCGGCCACCACUGUCACAGAGACGGUGUACACCCACGGGGACAUGGAGGGUGUGUCGACGAGCGGAGGGCAUAGCAGUCUGUGGGGCCGGCCCUUCGAGAACGUGCGGUCCGGGAAUCCCAACGAGAAGAGCUGGGCGACUUGGGUUGAAUUGCCAGAGCUGUCUUCAGGAGGGGAAAUCACCGUGGUGUAUCAGUACAACGCCGGCUAUGGCUGCAAGGGCACAAGAGGCGGCACCACCUUCGACGUCUUCGUGGGCCAAACCAAGCUGACCGAGGAGCCUCAAGGUCCCUUCGAGGAUUACCCCUAUGCCUCUAAGCCGCAGAUUUGGCGCUAG